GUAUUUGUUUUCAGUUGAAAUGGCAGUCGAUGAUUCCUGCAGAAAGCCUGGAGCUGUUCCUUUUAAGUGGGAGAUCCGACCCGGUGUCCCCAAGCUCCAACAUCAGCGGCAGAAACAGAGACAGCCUUUUAUAAACCAACGUUCAUCGUCGAGUCCUCCUCCGCCUAGACCUACUCAGCGAAAACUUAAACCUCCACCAGCUGGAUCCUACUGCAACCUAUCUCCGGAGCCCCGAACUCACUCUUUUAGGUCUACACCCAAUGCCCGAUCCGAGAGUCUCCCGUUCAACCCACCCGCCCGAAUCCAACCCGAAUGUGUCUCACACGGGUGCUUCCCGGCACCGUUGCUUAGGCGAACGGGAAGCAAGAAGAGGACCCGAAAACUUAAAGCCGAACCCAAUUAUGUUUCGGACCUCGAGACACAAUCGCGAUGGUUGGUUUCAAGCCAGAGGUCAUUUUCACCAUUCUACAGCUCUCCGGCUUCGUCCAUUUUAUCUUUUAGGUCAUCUCCCCGACCCGUGACUGAUGUCGUCGGGCUUGGAUUUUUCUGA